AAAUUUCUUUUUUCAUGUUUUUAGUGCAUUCUUUGCUGUAUUAUACUGGUAGCUCUUAAGGGAAUGUUUCUUCAAGUUAAAGAUUUUAAGAAAGCAUGGGGUAUAUCUAAACUAGAUGCACUUAUAUGGCUCAUUACAUUUUUAUCAACAGUUUUAUUAGAUGUUACAUAUGGAUUAUUAGUUGGAGUCAUUUUUGCAGUUUUAUCUGUGAUAGCAAGAACUAUGAUACCUUCAACUACUUUUCUUGGAAGGAUACCUGAUACUGAUAUAUAUUUAGAUAUGAAACGAUAUGAUAUGGCUCAUGAAAUAAAGGGGAUAAAAAUUCUACACUUUGAGUCUGCUCUUUACUUCAUCAACAGAGAGCGCUUUAAAUCUUAUCUAAUGAAGCAUGUGUCUUUGAAAGCAAAGAAUUCAAGUGAAAGUACUGAAGUUAAGGAUUCCAAUGAUCAGACACAUAGAAUCAUUAUUGAUUGUUCAACAUUUAUAUUUGUGGAUAUGUCUGGACUAGAAACACUGUUAGAGAUUAUGAAGGAAUAUCAAGAAGUUGGGAUAACAGUAUUUAUUUCAGGAUGUUCAAUUGCUAUGCAUGACAUAAUGCAAAAAGCCAAGUUUUAUGAAAAAGUUCCUCAUCAUCCAGCUAUUUUUCCUACCAUUCAUGAUGCUGUAGAGUAUAAUUAUCUUCAGCAUUCGGCUAUAUCAAGCAGAUAACACAGAUGAUUUAUUAAUUAUAAUUUUAUUUAUAAAUACUGAAUAAAUUUUCUCAAAAUGUGAUAUUUGUAAAAGAAAAUGUUUAAUAUAUUUUUAAAAUCAAAUAUUUUUUUGAUGUAAAUAUAUUUUUCAUGUACAGAUUUUACUUACCUGAAAAAAUCAAAUGCUUGAAAAUUGUAUAAAAUGAACUUUGUAGCAUACACAUUUGCAUUAGUGAGUUAUAUUUUUACCAAAGUCUAAUUUAUUAAAUGCAUAUCUAUCUAAAUACUAGCAUAUAAAGAAUGACUUAUUUUUGCAAAAGAAAUGUAAAGCUUUAUCUACUACUCUUGACAGAAUUAAAAUAAGUGUCUUAUUUUGAAAUUCUGGAUUAAGUUGUGGUUAACAUUCAUUUCCAUAAUGUAAUUUUUAGAAACUCAUUAAUUAAAAAAUAAGUGGUUUAGAAAGGAAAAUAUUUUAUGAAAGUGUAAUCUGUACAUCUUUCAGUAAUUGUACCUAUUUUGCUGUACAUAUUCAUGUUGUGUAUUGCAUUUUUAUUAAAAUUAUUUUAAUGAUA